AAAGAGCAGACAACUUCACGAUGAUAAUUCCGCUUCUGCGCAGUACAAGCCUUCCGACUUCCUUUUCCGGUCUUGACAUCCACCAGUCAUGAAGACCAUAAAAUCAAGUGAGAGUGUAAGAGCUCCUGAUGGAGUGACUCUUAAGGUUCACUCCCGAACUGUUACUGUUUUUGGACCUCGUGGAAAGCUUGUGCGCAGUUUCCGUCACUUGCCAGUGGACAUGAAGAUCAAGAACGGCAAGAUCCUCACCGUCGACAAGUGGUUCGGCAAGCACAAGGAAUUGGCUGCCACAAGGACUGUCUGCUCACACGUUGAGAACAUGAUCAAGGGGGUUACCAAGGGAUUUUUGUACAAGAUGCGUGCCGUGUAUGCCCAUUUCCCAAUCAACAUUGUGAUCAGCAAUGAAAAUACUACCGUGGACAUCAGGAACUUCUUGGGGGAGAAGUUCACCCGCAAGGUGGAGAUGAUGCCGGGGGUCACCUGCACCCCCUCCGGCAGCAAGGACGAGUUCAUUAUCCAGGGAAACGACAUUGAGCUGGUGUCACGAUCAGCUGCCCUGAUCCAGCAGUCCACCAUGGUGAAGAAGAAGGACAUCAGGAAGUUCCUGGACGGGAUCUACGUGUCCCAGAAGACGACAAUUGUCAAGGAUGAAUAAAUAAAGUAUUCACUGUGGGA